AUGUUCCGUCCACUUCUAACGAUUCUGGCGGUUCUCGCGCUCACUGCCCACACAUCUCCUGGAGUCUUCCGAUAUUCUCAUCUUCGUGAUGGCGUUUGUGAUACGUUUAGUGCACAAUACAAGUGUCCAGCAGUUGUCAAAGGGGCUAUCCCAUUACUGAAGAAUCCUGAAACUCUCCCGAGCGCAUGCUACAACGUGAGGGCUAUUUGCAUCCUUGAAGAGCUGUCUUGUCCUGAAAUAUCUGCCGAAGAUUCGAAAAAAGUUGCCGAAGCAUGUUUUAUUGAAUCAGGUGGUGGCACAACAUCUCGACCAUCACCAACAGAAGAGCCAGAAUAUACGACUGCCUCACCACCAACUGGAACUACUGAAGACAAUUCUAUUCAUACCACUGGAACCCCUCCAACUCCAACUUCAGAAACUGAAGAGCCGGUACACAUAACACUUCCUGACCCAGGAAUCCCUGACUCCGAUCAUACAACUGCCUCUCCACCAACUGGAACUACUGAUGACAAUUCUAUUCAUACCACUGGAACCCCUCCAACUCCAACUCCAGAAACUGAAGAGCCGGUACACACAACACUUCCUGACCCAGGAAUCCCUGACUCCGAUCAUACAACUGCCUCUCCACCAACUGGAACUACUGAUGACAAUUCUAUUCAUACCACUGGAACCCCACCAACUCCAACUCCAGAACCUGAAGAGCAGCCACAUACAAUACUUCCUGACCCAGGAAUCCCUGCGUGUACAUCUCCGCCUCCAACGACAACAACACGUGAUCCGAAUGCGCCACCACCAACUCAAGAGGGAUACGUUUGUGGUGGACCCAUUGAUGUUACGAAUAUGCCUAACUAA